UAUUGCACUAUUUCUUCAGUAGCACAAGAUUAUUGCUCAAGUUUUCCUGUGAUAUUUUUUUGAUAAACAAAAUAUAUAUUUUGUUAUCCAUGACACCAUUAUGUAAGACAACAAGACACUUAAAAUGAAUAGAAAUAAAAAAAGAUAAAAUAGUUUUUGUACUGCAUGUAUGGCGACGAAAAAUCUUGGUUUUACCAAAUGUUUUUCUGCCAAUAAUAUACAUUUAUAUCCCUACUUUAAGAAAACCAUGAAUGUAUUUUUCCAAAAUUACAUGGAAAUGAUUUAUUAAGGCUAGUUUCUAACAUUGGCUUGGUGUCUGUCUGCAAAAAUCAUGUUGGUUAAGGAGGCAGUGUAAUAAAUGCUGGGGUACAUGCUGUCAGAUGUCUAAAACCUUGCCAGCUAUGUGUGAUUUCCUCACACAGUGACUGUCCUGAUCUGAUCAAGUUUUUGGAAACAAACAUAAGCCUAAUCAAGUCGGCUGUCAACAUGUCUGAUGCUCCUCGCCAUUACAUCACUCUGUACGCAUCACAGUGAAAAAGUUGAGAAACGUUUACAUGACCUAGAAAUGACAUGUAUAAAAAUUUAGUUAACAGAGCUGAAUAAAUUGAUCACUGAUUAUUUCAGCACCAGUGUUAGCGUUAACAGUGUGCAGUCGACUGAAGAGAUGAUGAAGUGACUCGUGUUUAAAUGCUGCGAGUGACUUAUACCUCAGGUGAUGCUGAUAAUCAGAGUGCUCAUGUCCCAUUUUAAGUUAUAAUUCUUUUCAAAUUUGGCAGUAACGUUUUUCCAUAAGUGCUAAAUGAUUUCAUAAAUGUAGAGGUACGGGGUGUCCUUCAGUGGAUUUGGAAUGGAAUCUUUAAAUGAGACUUUCUCCUUUUCACAUUACUAUGCUUCUGGUUGAGAUACAUGCGAAAAGGAAACAUUUUGGUUCAAGAAUGCCUGUACUUUAUAGAACCACAUUGUAGAAAAUGUCACAAUUUGACCAUGUGAGGGGUUUUCCCAGGCCACCACACAUAUGUGAAUAAACUUGAAUGUAUAUAUAGUUGUCCUCAUGAGGGGAAUACAUGACAAUUUUCAGCUUGAAGAGAUGUUUGGCUGGUGUUUGGAAAAAUGCAGCUGUUAUUUUAAAAACUAGAAAAUAUUUCCUUUUGGUCACUGAGGUUAAGGAUAAAAUAUGAACAUAGAGUUUGGUGUAGCAGAUGGUCAGUUUUUUUCAGCUACAGUAAAUCAAGUCAGUGGAAACACCCCACAAAGAUAGUAAUACAUGUGUGUGUGUGUGUGCACAUGUGUGUGUGCGCGUGUGUGGUUGCACGGCUGGAGGCCCCUGGAGGACUCAGGUGUCACUGCCACGCGUUUAAUGGCAACAGAUAUGGCAUGAUGGAUAUGCCAGGAGCGUGGGGAUGAGAAAAACAGAUAGGGGCGAGUGGUGAGUGAGCGAACAGACAAGAAAAAGUGAGAAAGACGUAAGUGUGACUUUGCAUUUGUUUGUGUGUGUAUGCCAGGGAAUGGGGAUUGCUUCAUGCCAGAUGGACGAAGCAGUGAAGGAGGUGCUGGUGUGUGCGUUUAAACUGAGUUAUGGAGUACGGGGUAGAGCGACAGAUUGAGGAGAGGGAAGAUCUUGGUCAGCACGUUGCUUCGGGUCAACAAGAGGACAUGAACAAAUGUACUAUGAGAGAGUGUGCAAGUGACGCAGUCAAAUAUAGAUCAUUAAUAUGAGGAGCAGAGCAGAAGGUACAUGGUCUGUACACCUGUACAUGGUCUUGCUUGAUUGUACAUGCUUUCUAGAACAGGUUAUGUUUUUGUUUUUUUUCAAGCUCUUGCUGCUUAUUUCUAAAUACUACCAUAUUAGCUGGACUACACAACGAUGUAGCAGAAUCUGAUAGUCAGUUUGCCACUUCUAACUGUCUGUCAUAGCAUUGUUAACUGAGAUAGUGUAACAGGAGGGAUGAUGUUACAAUUGCAAGUGUAGAUCCCCUUGUUGGUGAUGGACACGCUGUGUGAACUCUUUACAAAGUAGUACGAAGUACCAAGGUUAAGCACAUGUCUCUUCUAUGUGUAUGUGCUGACUUGACUGAGUUUGCUGUAAGGCAAUAUAAGGUACAUGUGCAAAGCCACACGUACCAAUUAAUCAGACGCCUGAGUGUCGUAAACUAACCUUCUCACAGCAGGGAUGUAGUUAUGCACAGCGUUGUAUUCUCCUGCCAGGACACCAGUCCAUUCAGAGAAUUACCACUUGGUCCGGUGCUCAGGACCUGGUCGUCACGGUGACAGUGAGCAGGUAUCUGAAAGGAAACACUUGUUGCUCUUCAACCUCUCUACUGCAGUUUUCCUGUCAUGCUCUUAGCUCAGCUGAAAUAUAGAUAGCAGACUUUUGAGCAUUUCAUUCCUAUUCCCAGCUGCUUCAACAACAUGGUAUGAUGUUAGGGAUAAGCUGAUGAAGGUGUAUAGAUGGCUGGAUAUAGCUGAGCUCUGGGAGAACACGUUGAAGAGACAAAGUCACCGAGACGAAGGAAAAGGGAUGCCAGAGAGAGUUUGUCUGUUUCAUGGUCAGAACUAUCACAAGCUGAAGCGAGCAUGUUUGAGGCAUGGAGCACUUUUUAAAGACCCACACUUCCCUGCCUGUACUCAGUCAUUGUUCUACAAGAGAACACCACCUCCAGGACUCACAUGGAAAAGACCACGAGAAUUGUGUAAAGACCCAAGACUUUUUGUGGAUGGAAUCAGUACCAGAGAUCUGCACCAGGGCAGUCUGGGUAACUGCUGGAUGGUGGCAGCGACUUCUUGUCUUGCAACAGAGCCAUCACUUUGGAAGAAGGUCAUCCCAGAUCACAUGGAGCAGGAGUGGAACCCCAAGCGUCCACACCUGUAUGCAGGAAUUUUUCACUUCCGCUUCUGGCGUUUGGGUCAGUGGAUGGAUGUGGUGGUGGAUGACCGCUUACCGGUCAGUGAGGAUGGAACUCUGCUCUUCUGUCGCUCAGCCACACCACGGGAGUUUUGGAGUGCCCUGCUGGAGAAAGCUUAUGCCAAGCUCAAUGGCUGUUAUGAAGCCUUAGAGGGAGGAAACACUGCAGAAGCUCUGGUAGAUUUCACUGGAGGAGUAUCUGAACCACUGAGUUUGGAUGGAGAGACAUUGAGCCAACAUGGCGACCAAAGGAGGGUGCUGUUUCAGAUGCUAGCCAGAGCACACAGCUGUAAAGCUCUCAUCACAUGCUCUAUACGGCCAGCAGAAGGAGAGCAGGUUGAGUCUGUGCUGGAAUGUGGUUUAGUGAAGGGCCAUGCAUAUGGUGUAACUGCACUUAGGAAGAUUCGUGUUGGGGAAAAUCUACUAGCUGUUUGUGGGACAUCCCGGCUGUACAUGGUGCGCAUGAGGAACCCAUGGGGCACAGCGGACUGGACCGGAGCCUGGAGCCAGGGGUCACAGCAAUGGCAGCAAGUGGGCCGCUGCGAGAGAGAGAAGAUGGGGCUGAUUGUCAGAGAUGUGGGAGAAUUUUGGAUGGAGUUUGAGGACUUCUGCCACUACUUCACAGAUAUGGUGGUGUGCAGGCUGGUGGAACGAUGCCUACUCUGGCAUUGGGGUCACUGGAGAGAGACACAUUGUACUGGAGAGUGGACUCAUGCUCCUCUAGACUCAACAAGACCAACUGCUCCUCGAGCCUCCAACACCCAGAAGGUCUCCUCAAGUUCCCAGUGGUCUCUUCCAGUUACUGCCCCAAGAGGAGAUAGGAAAGAAGAAAGGCUGAGUGAAAGGCACCUGCAUGAAAGGAGGGACCACACAGUGAAAGAGAAGAAAGCUAAAGGUGAACAGAAAGCUGGGCCAACACAAAGAGGAGAGAGGACAACAAAGGAGAAUGAAGAUGAGUUUCAGGGAAAAGAGGAAGGAGUGGUGGAUGAAAGUUGGGAGAGAGAGAUGGACAGGAGAAGUAGGUGCGGGGGGUGUAUUAACCACACAGAGACAUUUCUUCGUAACCCUCAGUUCAUGUUCGAGCUGGGAGGAGAGCGGGAUGAGGUGCUCAUAUGCCUGCAGCAAGAAGACAGAAGAAUGAAACGGAGGGAAGGAGGAGGUGAAAAUCUUCCAAUCGGCUUUGAGGUGCUGAGGGUCGAGGUGAACCGUAUGAGUAGGGUGCAGUGUUUUACUGAGCAGGCAGCCAGUUCAGUCUACAUGGAUUCACGUAGCAUUACCCUGCGUGUAACCCUUGACCCUGGGCGCUAUGUCCUCCUACCAACCACCUUCCAGCCUGGGGUUACUGGCCGCUUCCUUCUCCGCCUCUUCUCACACACACAUGUCAAACUCAGGGAGCUGAAGGAGGAGUUGCCUGCUCCCUCUCUGUGGCAGUGUUGUCUGCGUCAGCCAGGUGCUGUUGUUACAGUACACCUUCACAGAGCCUCCACGCUCAGCAAGCCCAAACAUCCAGCUCCAGAUGUAUAUGCUCUCAUUAGGUGUGAGGAGGAAACUAUAAAGACACGUGUAUUUAAAAAAGAUGGAAAUCCUGAAUUUAACACUAAAGCCAUUUUCUACAGGAGGAAACCUAAGAGGAAAAUCUGCUUAGAGCUAUGGGGAAGAGGCUUGCUAUUUGACUCCUUCCUGGGAAGAGCUUAUCUUCAAACAGGGGCCAGUGAACGAGGGCGGACCAGAGUGAUUGAACUGCAAGGUGGUCAGUCUCGUGGCUGCAUCUAUGUAGAGACUUCCACCAGUCAGUGCCUGACAGACUUAUGACUUUUCCAUUGACUUAUACAGUGGAACUGAGCUAUUGCUAAAAUCUGAAAACUGACUAGAAAAGCCAGCUUGGGACCAGACUUCUGCAAGUUUCUCCUUUAUAGUCUGGUAUUCUCAUGCACUUGCCUGCUUCUGAUUGGUCAGAAACCUGCUUUUGUUGAGUGGUAUAGCAGGUACUGUAGAAUGAAUAUGUGUGCAUAGUGUCUUUUGUUGUGAUUGUAGGAAGUGAAUCUGUGUCAGCCUGGCCUUGGGCUAAGGGGAAAGUUUUAGCUAUUACAACAGUGCUCACAAAAUGUUGUUCAUCCAUGGUGCUUUUGAAUAUCUCAUUAGUCCAAAGUAAGUAAAAGAGCAUUUGCGUGUGUUGCAUGUGUGUUAGGCUAGCAGUUAGUUAAG